UGUGUUUAGUGUUUACGUUUGUCAUCCCUAGUGAGCGUCGCUGAAAGUUUGUGUGCAACUACCAAAACGGUAGAAAGAUAACCAUGCCUGCGGAUAAUAUGGAAGAACAGGGUCUAGAAAAAAAUCCCGAUUUACGACUGGCUCAACUAAAAUUUAGUUUGUCGCUGCCAGAACAUAAAAAUGAUUCUAAAUUGACUGCUGAUUUGAAGGCUGGAAUUACGGAGAACAAUAUGACUCCUUUCUAUGAAGAUUGCUGUAAGGACCUGGAUUGGCCAGUUGAUGAAGUAUUACUGCAAAAAAUGAAGAAAGCUAAUGCUGAUACAUUGAAGCAACUGGAUGCAAAUAUCCAGGAAGCCGAAACAAGCAUGGGAGAGAGUGAGAUACGAGAAGCAUACCUGAGCAAGGCUGAGCACUACACCAGGAUUGGGGACAAGGAGGCAGCAAUAUCUGCUAUAGCAGCCACCUCAGAAAAGACUGUGUCUUUGGGACAACGACUGGAUUUGGUGUUUCAUAACAUAAGAAUUGGGCUCUUCUAUCUCGACCAUGGCCUUAUCAGCAAGAACAUUGAGAAAGCAAAAACGCUUAUUGAGGAAGGGGGGGAUUGGGACCGUCGCAAUAGACUCAAAGUUUAUGAAGGUGUCUACUGCAUGUCCAUCCGUGACUUCAAGAGGGCUUCUUCGCUCUUCCUGGACACAAUCAGCACCUUCACAUCUUAUGAACUUAUGGAUUACAACAAGUUCGUGUGGUACUGCGUGGUGGUAUGCAUGCUCGCGCUGCCCCGAAACGAGCUACGCCAGAAUGUGCUCAAGGGGGCCGAGAUCCAGGAAGUGCUUCACUCAACUCCUGAUCUCCGCGAGUAUCUGCACUCGCUCUACGAUUGCCAGUAUCAAACGUUCUUCGCUAAACUUGCAAACGUUGAAACGGAGCUUCGGAACGACCGCUUGCUGGCACCGCACUAUCGCUACUACGUAAGACAGAUUCGUAUCCUGGCAUACAGUCAGCUGCUCGAAUCCUACCGUUCACUCACCCUCGACUACAUGGCGCAGGCUUUUGGAGUGUCGACCACUUUCAUGGACAAGGAAUUGUCACGGUUCAUCUCUGGUGGGCACCUGCACUGCAAGAUAGACAAGGUGGGCGGAAUCGUCGAGACCAACAGACCAGACAACAAGAACUGGCAGUAUCAGGCCGUCGUCAAGCAGGGAGACUCGUUACUCAAUCGGGUCCAGAAACUUAGCCGAGUCAUCAACAUCUAAGUCGAUGAAUUCUAAAAUAGAUGGAUUGUGACACAUGAAAUAUAUUUCGAGUAAAGUUUUGAAAGAUCAAUUUACAGCCACUGUGUUUCGCCCCAAUUUAUGUCGUGGCGCACACGUCGCCGCAGUCUAUACGUGGCUACCACUUCAUAAUUGAAGUGGUAGCCAGCAGAACGCAACGCCAAGCAGGCAUAAUUAUUGCCUGCUGUUCCAUCGCUGAUUUAAAUACGUCACUUGUGCUUAGGGUCCGUAAAUUGUUUGAAAAUAAGUAUGCAUUACCCUAGUGUGAAUCUUGGUUUAUUAUUUAUAUAUUAUACAGUCAAACAUCGUUCAUGCAGAUUUGAUUAAUAGAUUGAUAAACCAUUAAAAUGGG